AUGUUUGGGCGUAGGAUCCUGGGCGGGCAGCCUGAUGGUUUCAAGCUUCUCCUAGGAUACCAGGUGGCCAGCCUUCUAUCUCCCCACGCACCUACCACCCCCAAGGCAGCUUCGCAGGAUGCCGCUGCUCUGGAGCAUGCAGAUCACACCGGGGAGGACUAUGACGCAGGCGCUGACUCCAAGGAGCUGCAGACCGCCCUCUCCAGCCUCAACGAGGCAACCUUUGAGACCGCACAGGUGACGUGGACGGCGGGGGAGGCUGACGCGGUGGUGCUGACGCGGCUGAAGAACGCGAGCGUGAUCCACGGCCUGCACGAGGAGCGCGUGGUGCUGCAGCUGGAUCUGGCGCGCGCCGACGUGCCCGGCCGGGCAGUCAGCGCCGCAGCCUUUGGGCAGGCAGACGAGGAGGUGCACGCGCGGCUGCGCAUCGAGCUGCUCCCUCCGCAGGUGCGGCGGAUAGAGCUGUCGCGCACGACGGCGUCGGGGGCGGUGGCGCCGGAGUUUGUGUCGGAGCUGCUGGGCGCGUGCGAGCUGGAGGGGGUGGCCAAGCUGCGCUGCGCUGAGGGCAUGCUGCCAGCCUGGCAGCCUGAGCUGUUCUCGCGCCUGGACGGCCUCCGCGUUCUCAAUCUGUCCAGCUGCGGCCUCUCCGCUCUCCCGCCAGGUAUCGGCGCGCUGACAAAUCUGCGCGAGCUGAGGGUAUCCGGCAACAAGCUGGCCGGCCUCACCUCGGAAAUUGGCAGCCUGCGCAAGCUGCACCGCCUGGUUGCCGACAGCAACCUGCUCACCUCCAUCCCAGUGGAGAUCCGGCACUGCGCACAGCUGCGGGAGGUGUCACUGGAGGGGAAUCGGCUGGCGACACCUGUCAUUGACCUGCGCGCGCUUGCGCGACUGCGUUCCCUGCAGCUUUUCAGCAACCCCCUGGAGUUCCUGCCCGAGCUGUCCCCCUGCACCUCCCUGCGCCACCUGUCACUCGCCAAUGUGCGGAUACGUGCGGAUCCGGCGUUGGAGAAGUGGGAUGUGGAGAUUGCGGCGCCGUCGACGUUUUCGCGCAUGCACCGCCUGGCUCCGCUGUUUGGCCUCAUCUUCCGCCGCUCCUCCUGCCAACACCCGCUGCUCGCGGGCGCCCUCGGCAAGAUUGCGGAGGAUCCUGCGGCGUGCUCGGCGAUAGUGCGUGAGGUGGGCGCCAUCCAGCAGCUCAUCCUCAUGGCCCUCUCAGAGAACGAGGUUGUCGUGCAGCAGGCCUGCAAGACCCUCGGCCUGCUGGGCCGCCACGACAGCUUCACAUCGGACGAGAUAAUCCAGGGCGACGUGCUGAGCGCCAUGCUGAGCCUCAUGCGCUCGGUGAAGCACAAGAGCCAGCUGGCGGGGCUCCACGUCAUCGCUGGCCUUGCGCUGACAUCAGAGGCCUCCGCGCGCAAGCUGCUCACGCCACACGUCCUCCAGGCGCUGCAAGAGCUGGUGCGCAGCGGCGCUGACGAUGUGAAGACAGCUGCGCUGGAGACGCUCGGCAACUUGGCGUUUUGCCGCGACAACCGCGCCGCCGUGCUCGGGGCUCCCGGCCUGCGCGACUGGCUCGCCCGCCUGGCGCAGGACAAAGUCGGGGGCGUGCAGCGGCGGGUGGGCGUGGCGGCGACGCGAGCGCUGGCGAUCCUGGCCGAGAACGAGGAGGUGCGCCGCGCGGUCGGCCGGGCGCCCAUCACCGGCCGCGGCAUACGCAUACUCUCUAUGGACGGCGGUGGCAUGAAGGGCAUCGCGAUAGUGCGGCAGCUGCGGCAGCUGGAGCAGCGAACGGGGCGCGCCAUCCACGAGCUGUUUGAUCUCGUCUGCGGCACUUCCACCGGCGGCAUCCUGGCAGUCGCCCUCGCACUCAAGAAGCUGACCCUAAAGGACUGCGAGCAGAUCUACCGGAACCUGGGGCAGAAGGUGUUUUCGCGGCCGGGUGCGGCAGCCGCUAAGGAGGAGGAGGCCGGGUGGCGCGACAGCCUCUACCGCGCGUACAAGAGCGGGCAGCAGAGCAUGCGCGUGGCUGUUUACGGCUGCAAGCACGACGCGGCCAUGUUUGAGGAACUGCUCAAGGAGUACUGCACCUUUGACCCCGAGGCCAUGCUCGGCGCCGCCAUGAUCGACACCGCCUGCCUCAACACCCCCAAGUGCUUUGUGGUGUCGACGCUGGUAAGCAUGACCCCGGCCGGCCCCUUCCUCUUCAGAAACUACGAGCUGCCAGAGGCCGCCGAGGCCCACGCAAAGCAGAGGUUUCAGGACGGUGCGGCAACGGCGAAUAAUCCGGCGGCGCUGGCGUUGGCCGAGGCGCGGCUGCUAUGGCCGGGCGCACCCAUCGAGGCACUCGUGUCUCUCGGCUCCGGCGUGGUCCCCGUGCAGCGCCGCGAGAAGUCCAUGAGCGCCUACCUCGACAUCGGCAGCAGCGCGUGCAGCGUGGAGAGGGUGGAUGCUGCGCUGGCGACGCUGCUGCCGCUGGUGCCGGGCAUCGCAUACUUCCGCUUCUGCUGCGAAGACGUGCGCUGCGGCAUCGAACUCGACGAGAUCGACCCCGAGCAGUGGGCGCUGCUUGAGGCGGCCACGGAUGAGUACAUAGAGCGGGAGGAUGCGCGCUUCCAGGCAGCUGCCGAGCUGCUGCUGAGCGGCUUAGACCCUGCCCCUGGCGAUGCCCUCCGGCUGGGUUCGCGGCGGUCCAUCUUGCUUGCGGAGGCACCCCGAAGCAUCGACGCUUGUGCACACAGCCAUGUCGAGAGCGUGGCUGCUGCAGUGGCCGAGCUGCCUGAUCUGGCCGAGCGGUGCAGCUUUCAGCAGCUUCCGGCCGGCGCAGCGGCCCCGGACAGCAGCGCGGUAGACACUGCUCAGUUGCUCGAGGCGUUGAGGCGGGGCAGGGGCGGCGUGGGUGUUGUGCACCUGGGCAUGCAUGCGACGGAGGAGGGCCUGGUCGGCGCAUGGGCACACCAAGUGGAGGCUGUUGCAGAGCCCAGCCCCUCGGUGGACGCGCUGCUCGAAGCGGCAGGCUGUGACCCGGGGACGUCGCUCGCGGCGCUCUGCGGCGCGGCGGCCUCGGCGCAUUUCUCCCUCUCGGGCACAGAAAACUCGGCAGAGCUGGUGUCUCUGCUCGGGGCGCACAGCCAGAUCGUGGGCGGCCGCCACGUGGCCUCGGUGCUGCUGCAGCGCACGUCUCCUGCUGCGUUCCUGACCGCCGACCAGGUGUUAGGCAUGGGCCAGCUGUUGGAUGGGCAGCUGCUGGUGACGUCCUCGGCGCUGCCGCAAGCGCUGCUGCGUGCAUUCCUCGAGGUCGGCUGCCGCGCCGUUGUUUGCCGGGACGCGGCCGCGCCGUCGCCGGCCGCAGCCGCCGCCGCCGCGUUCUUCCGGGCUUUCUACGCGGGGCUGCGCCGGGGGACCGCCCUCCCACAGGCGCUGUGGAGUGCAGAUGUGGAGGCGCCUGAUCUGGCGGGUGCUUUCUGCUGCGUGACCCUUGUGGACGGGGAAAUGGUGGCGGCGCAAAUAAGCUCUGGCCGUGAACCAGAGCCAGAAGCGAGCUCGGUGAAACAGGGGAGUUGA